AACCCUUCAAAGGCUACCGUGACCAUAUGGUCACACCUACAGCGCUGCACAAAAUCAGCUGACAUAUGUACGUAUAUCUUAGUAUACGUGAGGAAGCGAUGAUAUUUAUUCAGUUGACUUAGGAACUUUGUAGUGUGAACGUGUCGCAUUGUUAUUCCACUGAUUUCUCAUUCGUAAUAGAGGUGAACUGCCGUGUUUGUUAGGUAUUCGCAAUAAAAUGGAUCCCAAAUUUGUGCGAGGUUUCUCUCUCAAAGAAGCCUUAGAUAUAGUAUAUAACGACGAAGAAGAUAGCAAUGGUGUGUGUGACAUUUACAUAUCACCGCCGGAACCAAAUGUACUGACAGAUGAAGAUUCGGGUGAUGAAGAAGGCGGGGAAAUGGAUAAUUUAUCACGUGGCCAAUUAUCAACUGCAGCAGAAAUCCGACUUUCUGACAAUUCGCGCAUAACUGGCUUCGAAGAUGUUUCAAAUGAAGAAGGCAGUGAAGGAGACAAUAGUUUAUUAGAAAGUGAAGUUAGUCAGAUUGAAAAAUGUGGUCCAAGCACUAGUUCAAACAAGAGCACCAAAAAGACGAAUUCAACGAAGAAGCCGCAGAAGAAAGUGAAAGAAACACUCAAAAGAACUUGGAUCGAGGGCGAUCUUCUAAAAACGACAGCAGUAUUUCCACAGCCAGACUAUACCAAUUUUAUAGGAAAAUCCCCAACAGAUUUAUUUGAAUUGUUUUUCGACGACGACAUUGUUCGUAUGUUAGUAGAAGAAUCAAAUAAAUAUGCGCUCUUCCUAAACCAUCCAGAUCCGAAAAUAGAAUCUGAUGAAAUGAAGUGUUUCAUCGGUAUACUUAUUUUGACCGGGUAUAACUCUCUUCCCGGAAAAUGUUUUUACUGGGAUUCAGAAUCGGACAUGGGAAAUCAAUUAGUAAAGGAAGCAAUGCGUAGGGACAGAUUUCGACAGAUAAUGCGUUUUUUACAUUGUGCCGAUAAUACCAAACCCAAUUACAAAGACAAAAUGUGGAAACUUAGGCCGCUCAUUGAAAAACUUCAAAAAAAUUAUUUGAAAUAUUUUAAGCCGACAGAAAAUAUGAGUUACGACGAAUGUAUGGUGAAAUACUAUGGCAGACACAGCUGCAAACAGUUUAUUCGCGGAAAACCGAUAAGAUUUGGCUAUAAAGUAUGGAGUUUGAAUGCCGAAAACGGCUACCUAAUCAACUUCGAUAUAUAUCAGGGAAGUAAUCCGAAGUCGGUUACUGAAUAUGACAAUAAAUUUGGAAAAGCUACUUCUCCAUUACUAAUAAUGCUAGACUCCUUGCCAGAUAGAAAUCUUCGUUAUCAAAUUUAUACAGACAAUUUGUUUACGAGUUUCAAUCUUUUGACGGAGCUAAAGCAAAGAGGCUAUGGAGUUACAGGAACCGUUAGAGAAAAUAGGGUUCCAAAGGACUGCCCAAUAACUUCUAAAUUAGACAUGAAGAAAAAAAAAAGAGGUUCUAUCGAGUCUAAAAUUUCAAAAGAUGAAGGUGUGAUACUAGUGCGUUGGACUGACAAUGCCCCUGUUACCAUGGCUUCAACUUCUUAUGGAAUUGAACCCACUUCUUUGGUGAAAAGAUAUUCACAGUCCGAGAAGAAAAUUAUUCAAAUUCCCCAGCCACGUCUUAUAAAUGCCUAUAAUAAAUAUAUGGGUGGGACAGAUCGGAUGGACGAAGAUAUUGCGCGCCAUAGAAUAGGUAUCAGAAGUAAGAAAUGGUAUUGGCCGUUACUUACUUGGCUUAUAGAUACCGCAUUACACAAUGCAUGGAUACAGUAUAAAAGUGCAGGUAAUUCAAUUACUAAUCUGAAUUUCAGAAGAGAAAUUGUAAAGGUAUACCUAAAUAGGUUUAAAACUGCCCCAAAAAGAUAUGGAAGACCAACAACGAGUAGAAAUAGUGUCUCCAUGAAUAGGAUUUCGGAUGAUAUCAGGUAUGACCAUAAGGACCACUUAGUUGUUCCAGUUCCAAAUAACAAGAGGAGAAGAUGUGCCGGAGAAGGAUGCUCCUCUGUUGGUCGAACACAGUGCAAUAAAUGUGAUUUGGGACUAUGUGUGGAAUGUUUUUAUAUAUUUCACAUUAAAUAAUUUGUUCGACAUUUCUGUAUUCAUAUUGGGCUAGUGUGACCAUAUGGUUACGCCAUUUUUUUGAGAAAAAUAAAGGAAAAAAAUGCAUAAUUCUUAUUCUACCCAACACUGAUAAAUGGAAUUCACUCAAUAGAAUCGCUAAAUUUGCUCUCUUGAAAAAAUAAUAAUUCCGCCUUUGAAGGGUUA